UACAAUGAGUAACCCCAACGUAAUACAAAUAAGCGGCCAAUAUUCCAAUGGCAGUGAAGGCCAACAACGAAAAUCUUCUAUUGACGAAGAUCCUCCGGAAAUGAGAAUAUUAUGUUUUGAAUUAACAAAUUACAAUAAGACAACCCAAUUCCUUCUAAGUUGUGCCGGAGUUUUUGUUCUAUAUUUACUCUAUGGAUAUUUGCAAGAAUUAAUUUUCACAGAAGAGGAAUUCAAAUCGUAUGGAUGGUUCCUAACACUAAUUCAGUUCGGUUAUUAUAUAUGUUUUGGAGUAAUCGAACGCCAUGUAGAAGCUAGACGUAGUGGUAUGCCCGCUACGCAAAGAAAAAUACCAAUGAGAACUUACGUCAUUCUCGCUACCUUAACUCUGGGUACAAUGGGCCUUUCAAACUCCAGUUUGGGUUAUCUCAAUUAUCCCACACAAGUUAUUUUUAAGUGCUGUAAAUUAAUACCGGUAAUGAUCGGUAGCAUUCUGAUACAAGGAAAACGUUACGGGCCUUUAGAUUUCGCAGCAGCCUUGGCGAUGUGUAUUGGUUUGGCAUGGUUUACGUUGGCCGAUUCCCAGGUGUCACCGAAUUUCAAUUUGUUUGGUGUUGCAAUGAUAUCGGGAGCCUUGCUGUGUGAUGCCGCCAUUGGCAAUGUACAGGAAAAGGCAAUGCGAGAACAUAAAGCAGCAAGUAGUGAAAUUGUAUUGUAUUCAUAUGGAUUGGGUUUCAUAUAUUUGUUUGUCAUUAUGAUGGUAACGGGUAAUUUCUUUAGUGACUUUGCCUUCUGUUUGCAGCACUCCAAAGAAGCAUUCUUCUAUGGAUUUUUGUUCAGUCUUUCUGGAUAUUUGGGAAUUCAUUUUGUAUUGGCACUGGUAAAAAGUAGUGGAGCUCCUAUUGCUGCCACUGUAACAACAGCCCGUAAAGCUGUCACAAUUGCAAUUUCCUUUAUAUUCUUUAGUAAACCCUUUACCAUACAAUAUGUUUGGUCCGGUCUUAUUGUUGUUCUGGGAAUUUAUCUAAAUGUUUAUAGUAAGAAACAUAAAUUGACGCUAAACGAUAUUAAACAUAAAAUUAAGCACAUUACCUUCAAUGGACGAACGUCAAUAUCGCGUAAAUAUUUAGUCGAAGUUUAA